AUGAGCAAGGACAGAACGCCCUUAUUCUGUAGGGUGAAUGAUUUUAAGCCCCUACAGAAUGCCUCAGGAAGCAUCAAGGAUGAAAAGGAUGCCCAGGACUUGAUCUUAGAAAAAACCAAAGAAGUGGAGUCUUUACGAAAUUCCAGCUUGGUUAAAGGAGCAAGAAAAAUGCCAGGGGCAAUGGAGCGAUUUGAUAAACUGGAUAUGUCAGCUAUGCUUAAGUUGGAGCCGGCUUUCGACAGAGAGCGAAUUUCCAGAAAGAUCCUCCCAGAGGCUGCUCCAAGCACUCUAAACUGUAAAAUGAAAGCCAGAGAGAAGUACCAAUCUGACCUGUGGUUAGAAACUGAACACCUGAAUAAGGGUUUAGUGCUACCAGACCCAAGUUCAUCUUCCUUGGCACGUUUUAAUACAACUACCUAUGCCGUGGCUCAGUGUGAAGCUGAUCCAAUUGAGAACAUAUUUGAACAGAAUCUAAAUAUCAAGUUUUACAUCAGUUCCAGAUCCACAUCUCCAUCCUCAUGCAGUGGAGACGAAGCAGACCCAGUGAAGAUCACAGAUUCUGCUCACCUUCCAGUUCACACACCAACGAUAAAGAGAAAGGAAUAUCAUAAUAGAAUCCUCUUUCCAACUCAGCAUAAGACCCACAGGUUUUUCCUCACGUCCUUUACCGUUCCCACCAAGUGUCACCAGUGCACAUCUCUGAUGGUGGGCUUGAUAAGACAAGGCUGCACCUGUGAAGCAUGUGGAUUCUCAUGUCACACAACCUGUGUAGAAGAAGCUCCAAAAAUUUGUCCCGUGCCUUUUCAUCAGAAGAAAGGUGCCUUCUGUCUAGACUCACAGAAAGGCAUGGGAACAGCCUAUGAAGGCCAUGUCUGGAUUCCAAAGAAAGCAGGGAUGAAAAAAGGAUGGCAGAGGGCAUUGGCUGUAGUGUGUGACUUCAAACUCUUCCUGUAUGAUAUGGAUGAAGAAGAAGACUCAAAACCCAAUGUUGUAGUUAGUCAAGUGAUUGACAUGAGUGUCUUGCUUUUCCUUCAGGGAUGGAGCGUUUUCUGUUAG